GCCGCUGCCCAAAUCCUCGCAGGCAGCUCAUCAGACACUUGCGGCUCCUGGUAGAGAGGCCCGACCUGCACGCCCUGGUGUCUGUGUGUCCGUCUGCAGGCGGCCUGCGGGUGGCACCUCUCCCUGCCGCGCCCCCCGGCCCCCCCACGCCCCCAUCGGGAGCCCCACCCAGCAGGAGCGCAGCUCUUCGGCACAGCCCCGGAGCUCAGCAUGCGUCCCGCCGCCUUCAGGAACUUCUUGCUGCUGGCGUCCUCCCUUCUCUUCGCGGGGCUCUCAGCUGUCCCCCAGAGCUUCUCGCCAUCUCUGAGGAGUGCGACUGGUGCCGCGUGCAGGCUGUCCCGGGCCGAGUCGGAGCGCCGGUGCCGGGCGCCCGGGCAGCCCCCAGGGGGCGCUCUGUGCCACGGCCGCGGCCGGUGCGACUGCGGGGUCUGCAUUUGUCACGUGAACGAGCCCGGCGUGUACUUUGGGCCCCUGUGUGAGUGCCGCGAGUGGGUGUGCGAGACCUACGACGGGAGCACCUGCGCAGGCCAUGGGAAGUGUGACUGUGGCAAGUGCAAAUGUGAGGAAGGUUGGUUUGGGGAAGCGUGCCAGUACCCAACUCACUGUGACUUGACGAAGAAAAAGAGUAACCAGAUGUGCAAGAAUUCUCAAGAUGUCAUCUGCUCUAAUGCAGGUACAUGUCACUGUGGCAGGUGUAAGUGUGAUAAUCCAGAUGGAAACGGCCUCGUUUAUGGUAAAUUUUGUGAGUGUGACGAUAGAGAAUGCAUAGACGAUGAAACAGAAGAAAUAUGUGGAGGCCAUGGAAAGUGUUACUGUGGAAACUGUUAUUGCGGGUCUGGUUGGCAUGGAGAUAAAUGUGAAUUCCAGUGUGAUAUCACCCCCUGGGAGAGCAAGCGAAGAUGCACAUCUCCAGAUGGCAAAAUCUGCAGUAACAGAGGUACUUGUGUGUGUGGUGAGUGUUCUUGCCACGAUGUUGACCCAACUGGAGACUGGGGAGAUAUUCACGGGGACACCUGUGAGUGUGAUGAGAGGGACUGUAGGGCUGUCUAUGACAGAUACUCCGAUGACUUCUGUUCAGGUCAUGGGCAGUGUAAUUGUGGCAGAUGUGACUGCAAAGUAGGCUGGUAUGGGAAAAAGUGUGAGCACCCACGUUCCUGCGCACUGUCAGCAGAGGAGAGCAUCAGGAAGUGCCAAGGAAGCUCCAAUCUGCCUUGCUCUGGAAGGGGUAAAUGCGAAUGCGGCAAGUGCACCUGCUACCCUCCGGGAGACCGCAGGGUGUACGGCAAGACGUGUGAGUGUGAUGACCGCCGCUGUGAAGACCUGGACGGCACCAUCUGUGGGGGCCACGGAACCUGCUCCUGUGGUCGCUGCGUGUGUGAGAGAGGCUGGUUCGGGGAGCUCUGCCAGCACCCGCGGAAGUGUAACCUGACGGAGGAACAAAGCAAGAGUUUGUGUGAGUCAGCGGACGGCAUACUGUGCUCGGGGAAGGGUUCUUGCCACUGUGGAAAGUGCAUUUGCUCUGCGGAGGAGUGGUAUAUUUCCGGAGAACUCUGUGACUGUGACGACAGGGACUGUGACAAGCACGACGGCCUCGUUUGCACAGGGAAUGGAAUCUGUAAUUGCGGGAACUGUGAGUGCUGGGAUGGAUGGAACGGAAAUGCAUGUGAAAUCUGGCUUGGCACAGAGACACAUUAUUUACUGCAAAAGUAGGGUCAUGCCAAGAAGUCACGAAGAGAUACUGUGAUCAAAUGACGCCAGUCUCAAAGCUCAAAGGGUUAAAAAAAAAUCUAGAAAUGUGUUAAGUAGAAAUUACAAAUAUUCACUCAGCGAUAGGAACAAAAUGUUUAUUUUCUUAAUGGUGAAAUUUUGCUCUGUAUGAAAUUCACAUUGAAUUAUGAAAAUGUACAAUAAUUAGGACUUCCCUUACAUAUUUACAGUUAAAUCUACUUACACACAUUAGUUUAGGCAACCGUUAAUUAUUUGGAGCUAAAAAAACCCAUUUUUUUCCUAAAUGCGAAUUAUAUUUUGUAAAAUCCUAGAAUAAUGUAACAAAACCAUUUUUUCCGCAUUGUUUAAGAUGAAAAUUUUUACUUGGAAAUUUUACUUAAUGAUGUAAAUAUUCUAGAGUCAUGGCUUGGACUUUAUAAGUCAAGUCACCAAAAAUAAGGAAAAUAUGCAUCUGCCGAGUUACUUAAAAAUUUAAUAUUGAAAAUUAUUUAGGAGAAAGUUUAUCUGAUGCCGACUUUUAUAGUACUAAUAGUGUUCUCAUACUUUAAUAGAUUUAUAAAAUUGUUAUCUCUAUCCUGAGAUUAUGGAGUGCAACCGUAUUAGUUUUAUCUCUUUUGUUGAGUAUGUCCGUUGAUAUAUCGGUUUUGUAAAAUGAGGGAAAUAGAAGCAGUUGAGAAAUAAUAUAGAAUAUAUUCUGUCCUCCUCUCUAUCUAAUUGUUUUAAGCCUCAAACCAACCUGUUGUAAUUGUUCAGCAGCACUUUUGAUGACUCGAUGAUGCACCAUCAUCAGAAUUCCCUUCAUUAUCUAGAAGCCAUCGUAUACAAACGACCUUCAGCUUCCCCUCCUGCAGACCUCUGCUUUCUAUAAAGGACCAGAGUAAAUAUUUUAGACUUUGUGGGCCACAUACAUCUCUGUUGGAUCUUCUCUGUUUUUAAUACUUUAGAACUAUAAAAGGGAAAACAGAAAGCAAACUCGUUCGGAGCUCAUGGGCAUUUUUACAAAAACAGACUGUGCUCGAUUUGGCUCCCAGCCUUCCGGCAGCAUUUUGCCAACCUGAGCUCUCCUAAAGCUGCCCUUAAUUUCCUUUGUCUUACCCUGGAAUCCUGGGUGUGUCUUAUUUUUCUUGCGGUUCUCUACGUUUGUUAUCCCUUUUGUUAACAACUACAAAGAAAGGGCUUCUCUUUUUAUAUUUUCAUAUAAGAACAGUGUCCUCAGCAUUUACUUUUUUUAGGGAAAAGUUUCGAGACAGAGAAAUUAUACUAGAAAGUUCGCAAUGUGAUUUAUUCAAAUUUUUUGACAAGGCUGAAAAUAUAUGACAGUCAGUUCUCUCCUGGGUUGAUUUAGCCACAAGUUAUUGAACUGAAACUGAGUCAUAGAAUAAGUCACCUGGUACCUAAUCGCUAAUGAAUAUUUUUCUUUUAAAACAGAAAUAGUUUCUUUUUACUUCUGUCUGCUAUAAUAUUUCGUAUGCGUGUAUAUGAAUUUGACUGUAGCAAGGCAAUCAUCAAUAGACCUAUUAAGAAGUUAUUUAAUUUACAUGUUUAAGUUGGAAAAAAUAAAAUACAGUUACAUGUAAAGAGGUAAAUCCUACCCUUCUUUGAUGUGGUUUUGUAUUUUAACUUUUAAUUCUGUUACUGAGGUAAAAAACUCCCUCUUUCAAAAAAAGGCAGGGCAGGAACAGGCUUGUAGUGGGGAAGGGUAAAUGUGCGAAGCUCAUAGGCUUGUUCGAGUUCGUGUGAAGUUAUGGGGAGAUUAACGUCAGUUGGGAAGGAUGCAACAUGUCUGCUGCUGGUGUUGGCCCUCACCCUGCUUGUUGGCACACCGUUACUGAGGAAUUCUUCCACAAGGACUUUUCAGUAAAAUUCAGCUAAGGUCCUAAGACCCAGGAGGCUAAUAAUUAUACCCCAUUUUCUCCCAGGACCCCUUGAGCUCAUCUAGAUUCCUGCAGCACCUUGAAAGGAAUGGCCUCCACCACUUCAAAUGCAAACACAAUCUUUGCCAGCAAACAUCAGGAUCAGACAGAAUGAUAACUGAGAAAAAAAACCAAAACGAAUCACCACUCAGCCUUUGCUUACAGACUCACUAUCAAUCUCUGAAGCCCUACCCAGUAUCCAAGAGUCAAUAGGCCUUGUGUGCCCCCUUGUAAGCUAAGAAACUUAAGCUAGGAAAUGUAUUUUACUCCAAAGUAACACCGUUUGCGUCUGGAUGUUGGUAUGUCUGUGUUUAGCCAAUUGCUUUCCCUGGAAAUAGUCUUGUUCUUAAAUACAAUCGAAAAUAGUUUUCAAUUAUUUUAUUUCCUCCUAAAAUGGAUUUCUUAGCCAAUCUGGUCUCUCCUUCAAACAUUAGUUCUCCCUGUAAUAUUAGGAAUAAAACCUUAAAUGAAGUGAUACAUGUCUAACUUAAGGAACAAGAAGUUGUUGUUGUUGUUGUUUUGUUUUCUAAAAGAAAACCAAAUCUAACAUUGGUCAUCUCGAAAACAUCUGACUGUUUUAGUGCUUUAGGCAUUAAGUGAGCAACUGGCCCGGUGUGUUAAAAAUACUCACUCUGCUUACUCUCCAAGAGGUAAAUAAUUAGAAGGACUGCAGCAGGAGUCUUAUUUGUGGAGCUCCUAAAACUAUCUCCUAUCCCCAAACA